AGGAGUGGCUGUCGGUUGCUCACGCUGGAAGGCCAGGACGGCGGGGCGUGCCUUGAGUUCCUCCGCGCGAAGCGCGCGGGCUACAGUCUCUGCGGUAAUAUCUGACUGUACUCCGUCCCAAGUGGAGUAGAAAAUAAAGGGACGUCUCCUCUUCUCCCUCCCUGCCCGGCAGGCGCAAUGGCAGAAACCUCAGCGACGGGUGCCGGCGGGGAGGCCGUGGCGGCGGCGGCGGCGGCCGCGGCAGGCUCCGCGGGAGCCUCGUCUUGGGGCCGCGGCUUCUCGAGCUACCGCGCCUUCGAUCCUCAGGCGUUGGGCCUCAGCCCGAGCUGGCGGCUGACCGGCUUCUCCGGCAUGAAGGGCUGAGGCUGCAAGGUCCCCCAGGAGACGCUGCUCAAACUCCUGGCGGGACUGACGCGGCCGGACGUGCGGGCCCCGCUGGGCCGGGGACUGGUCGGAGGCCAGGAAGAGGCGGCCCAGGAGGCCGGCCUGCCGGUCAUGGCGGAAUGCAGCCCAAGUUUUCCAACCCUGGGCAUUGGCAUGGACUCGUGCGUCAUACCCCUGAGGCACGGAGGCCUGUCACUGGUGCAAACCACGGACUUCUUUUACCCUUUGGUGGAAGACCCCUACAUGAUGGGACGCAUAGCUUGUGCCAAUGUGCUGAGUGACCUCUAUGCCAUGGGCAUUACUGAAUGUGACAACAUGUUGAUGUUACUCAGCGUCAGCCAGAAUAUGACUGAGGAGGAACGUGAAAAGAUAACCCCGCUCAUGAUCAGAGGCUUUCGGGAUGCUGCGGAGGAAGGAGGGACUGCAGUGACUGGUGGACAAACUGUGGUAAACCCUUGGAUUAUCGUGGGUGGGGUUGCCACUGUGGUGUGUCAGCCAAAUGAAUUCAUCAUGCCUGACAGCGCAGUUGUUGGGGAUGUGCUGGUGUUAACCAAACCCUUAGGCACCCAAGUUGCUGUCAAUGCCCACCAAUGGCUGGACAAUCCUGAAAGAUGGAAUAAGAUAAAGAUGGUGGUCUCCAAAGAAGAGGUAGAGCUGGCCUAUCAGGAAGCCAUGUUCAACAUGGCUACCCUAAACAGAACUGCUGCCGGGUUAAUGCACACAUUUAAUGCCCAUGCUGCCACGGAUAUCACGGGCUUUGGUAUUCUGGGACACUCUCAGAACCUUGCAAGACAACAGAGAAAUGAGGUUUCUUUUGUCAUUCAUAAUCUGCCAAUCAUUGCCAAGAUGGCUGCCAUCAGCAAGGCCAGUGGGCGCUUUGGGCUCCUUCAAGGAACCUCAGCAGAAACUUCUGGGGGAUUGCUGAUUUGCCUGCCGAGGGAACAGGCUGCUCGCUUUUGUUCCGAAAUCAAAUCUUCCAAGUAUGGGGAGGGUCACCAAGCAUGGAUCGUCGGAAUUGUGGAAAAGGGAAACCGGACGGCCCGGAUCAUUGACAAGCCUCGAGUCAUUGAGGUCCUACCUCGUGGGACCACUGCUGCGGCUCUUGCCCACGACAAUUCCAGUGCCUCUGCUGAGCCUAGCUUGUGAGAUGGAGUAGCAGAAGCCGCUUGGACCUUGGAGCCUUUGCACACAAUCCCAGAUGAGUCUCAAGAGUUGAUUUUAGGAACAAAUUUCCAAAGGCGGCUGCCCACAUACCAGUUCCACAGUUGCCCUUUCUAGGUGAUUUCAAUCAGCCCAUCACAAACUGCACAUUCCAAGGCCAAAAGUAACAUUUUGGACUUCGGUGGGGAGGUUUGUUCAAUUUCUGCUUGGAAGACGAGCAGAAAAACCAGUUUCCUCUUUCCAAGAGCAAAAUGAGGUUAUUCCAGUUUGAGGGAAAUGCCAGGGGGGAAAAACUCCGAAGCAAAUGAAUCUGGAUUAAUAGGGUUGAUAAAUUUAAAUUGUUGAGAAAGAUCUUAUAAUAAUGCAGCGUCAGAUUCUUUAUUAGACUUUUCUGAAAUACUGUCUUUUUCCUGCUCCGGACAAGAAUUGAGCACCUUGUCCAGUGACUGGGAAAGGAGGCCCUGCAACCACUGACUUGGUCUCUGUUAAUGAAGUCUCUCCCUCUAAACCCCUUUAAGGACUGGGAGAGGCAGAGCUAGCCCCAGAGCCCAGGCCUUGGUAGUCACUAAGAUGUUAAACUUUGUGCUGAAAAGUCCUGGUGAUUUAGUCAAUAACAUGAUUUCUAGUGUAAUAAAUAAAAAGGACUUGGUUGAAAAUU